AUGCAGUACGGCAAGAUCCUCACCCUCGCGACCGUCUUCAUGACAGGCGCCCUCGCCAUCCCCCUGGAACAGCUCACCCGUGCUUGCGCCUACACCUGUGGCUCAAACUGUUACACCAGCAGUGCCGUUACCGCAGCUUUGAACGCUGGAUACAAGCUUGAGUCUUCCGGAGAUGAAGAUGACUCCUACCCACACGAGUACCACGACUAUGAGGGCUUCGACUUCCCUGUCUCCGGCACCUACUACGAGUUCCCCAUUCUGAGCAGCGGAGAUGUCUAUGACGGUGGUUCUCCCGGAGCCGAUCGUGUUAUCUUCAAUGGUUCCGGUGAACUUGCGGGUGUUAUUACCCACACCGGUGCUUCCGGUGAUGACUUUGUUGAGUGCACUUAG